GGAAAUGAGGCCUUCAAGAAAGGAUAUUUCAUCAAUGCUAUUCAUUUUUACACCAAAGGAAUUAAAAUGAACUGCACUGAGAAAGAACUGAAGGCCAAACUGUACAACAACAGGGCUAUUUCACAUUUUAAACUUGGUAAGAUGAUAAGAGCUUUAAUAUGCAUUUUUUUCCCUUUUGAAGCUAUUGGGCUGUUAAUAGUAGUUUUCUGAAAAAGGUGAUAAUUUUGAAUGUAGACCUUGUCUUGGCCUCUUAAACAUACAAAGAAGUAACCUCUUACCCCAGAUGUCAAUGAGCAUCACAAGUUUUCCCUAAAAUUGUUGUAAUGGUGGUUGGUUAAAAUGCUACGUGUAUGGCUGAUCAGAGAUAUUUAUUUCAAUAACAGGAAAUCACCAGUAUAUUCACUAGGGGAUGCAGAAGCAGCCAUUGAGUUAACUCCAACUUUCCUUGAGGCAAUUAUGAGAGGUUAGAUAUGAUAGCUGUGCUAUAAUAAUAAUAAUAAUAAUAAUAAUAAUAAUAAUAAUAAUAAUAAUAAUAAUAAUAAUAAUAAUAAUAAUAAAAGAACUCAACACUCUAAGGUCAAAUGAAUUUCAAUAGUCUCAAUUGACUUUAAUUAAGAAGUUGAGUCCAACUUGAUGUACAUUUGAAUCCAGCUCUUAACUGCUACACCAUUACUUUCCAUUAAUUAUGAUGAGAAUAUUAUUUUGAGCUGGAUGAAUUAAGAGCUCAAAGCGGAAUGCAAAGCAAAAUUUCAGCAUGAGUAUUUUAGUUCCCUAAGCUCGAUGAGCAAGGUCAAGUGGUGUCAGAUAUGUUUAGUCACUAUCUAGCUGUUUUAAAAAAGAAGUAAGGAUCAGGAUUUACCUUCACUCAAACCUGUACUUCCCUCAUUCGUCAUGUAUAUCAGGAAGCCACUGGGCUUAUGGAGUUGAGCCACCUUACUUACAACAGUAUUUAAAAAAUAAUAAGUGCUGUGAAUGUGCAGCUUUGCUAAUACAGUGUUUAUUAUGAAACAGCUCUGUGAUCACUGCGCAAGGAUCAACGGUGGUAAAUCUUGUCUUUAUCUUGGAGACAAACAAAAUAAAACACAUUGGAUAUUGGAGGCUAUAAUGACGCAGAAAAGCCUUAUUUUGCAGAUCUUCUUCUUAAACUUCGUCCACCAUUUUGGAUUUCCCUGGUGCACAUUAGAUUUGAAAACACUGCUGGUUUUAUUUGACAGCGACUGCAGAAGGUGUUUCACGUGUUCUUGUGUGUACAUACAGGGAAUAACACAGGGAAAUACUUGGGGUCAGUGGGAACUAAUUCCACCAAUAGUUUUAUACCAGAAGCAUGGUUCAUGGUUGCCACAAGUUCUGGGAAAAGUCAGGGAUAUAAAGAUUUCCUCAAUGUCAGAGAAUAUACAUCUUUGAAAGAAGUCUGGCAAAAUUUGAAGUAAUUAUCUUGCAUUUUAAUUGGACCCUUUAUGAUUAUGUUAUGUUUACAAAAAUUGAGAGAUAGUAUAUGCCCUACUUCCCAUGAAAGUUCUUAUCCGUAACUCUGGCUGUAAGCAUGUUUAACAGUCUGCUUUGGUGAUAAUCACCUCUUUUUUUACAAAUAAUAAGUAAAUAUAUAUAUUUCAGUUUACAAAAAUGAAAAAAAAAUAUGCCCAGCUUGUUAUAAUGAUUAGCUAUGUAACAGUCUGCAUGAUUCACAGUCAUUGGUUGCUGUCAUAUUCAUUACUAAAUAAAAUGAUGAAUACAGAGAGAGCUGUUGUUAUGCUUCUCUUCUUGAGGAGAUCCUCAAGGAUCUCUGCAAAAAAAAGCAUGCAAUGUUCUUUGCAGCCAGUUUUUGAUGUAACACUAGGAGACGCAAUUGAUCUUGAUGGCAGUAACAUUAUGCACUCCUCCAUGUUAAAAGGACUAAAACUUAGUCAUGACUUAUUCUCUUGAAGAUACUAUUGAAUUAGAAAAUCCUUAAAAAAGCCCCUACAAUUUGAAAAUCCUCAAAGAUCCCCUACCAUGCAUCUUCAGUGCUCUUGCUUUCAGUGCUUCCUAAUGAUCACAACAGAGACAUUAAGCUGGAAGAAAUUGGGUAAAACUGACAUGAUCUUGUUACAGUAGGCCAAACAAGGACACUGAGAAACCUCUAAUCUCUAGAGUACUUCAUAUGUCAAUCACUGUGCAACAGCUUGACAACUGAUCUGCCAUGGGCGGCAUGCAACAUUGGUAUGCAGAAUGAAAAGACCAUAAGAAAGCCCCCCAUCCCUGACAUGGUGUAUUGAAGCAUAGAAAAAUCUGACAGAACUUGAAUCUCUGUUUACAAAAUAUAAACAAAAAAAAGACAAUAUGAAACAAUUUCCCCUCUAACCCCAACAUGGUAUCUGUAGAAACUAGCAUGCUUUAGGUAUUCCAGACACAAUUCUAUGUAUAAUACAGAAUUGUGUCCAGAAUACCUAAAACAAAACAAAAAGGAAAUCAACUGAAAAACACUCAUAAUUUAACACAUUAAAUGCUAAUAAUAUAACAAUAAGCUUUUCAAGGAGUUUUGAAUCUAAAAUUGUUUUCACUUCUUCUUCACUUUAACUUUCAAUUACACUUGUCAUAAUUUGUACCCACUAAUUAAAUGUCAUAGAAUGUAAUGCAAUCCAGUACAUCACAACAUCAAAGUUAUUACCUUCAUUGCUAAUUGCCAUUCCAAUAUUUGAAAAUGCUAAACAAAUGCAUUCAUAUUCUUUUCUAGCAUAUACUUCAUACAGCUUUUAAUGAAGUACUUACUGUGGAACAAAACAAGUUCACCAACAUCAUUUACCGUGGAAAUCUUUCACUUCACAUUGUUCCUAGAAAAAGAUGAACACUGUCAGCAAAUGACAUGCAUUAUGGUAAAACUUAAUAACUUCCCAUUUUUGACAGAUGUUUUUCAAUGAAAAUUUCUUUUUAAUUGAUCUUGCUGUUACUUGAAAACACAAACUUCAAUUGUCUAAUACCAAAAAUAUUUUUCCCAUUCAUAAAAUCUUAGCAUACACUCUAUGGAAAUUUGAGCCUGUCAGCCAUUCACAUGCAUAACAUGAAUUUAUUACAACGUGUUCAAUCUCAUUUAACCCUUCUAUAGGCAGUUCACAGUCAUGCUUUAUCUUUCAGUUCUAAUAGACUCCUUCUUUUGCUCUUACAAAGGACUACAACACUUGAAACAUCAGCUUUAGAAAUUCUUUACAGAGAACUAUUUACAUUAUCAACUCAGUUAAUGAAGCCAGAUAAUCUCUUUCUAACAGUCUCUGCUUUUUUUCUGAUUGCAUUUUUUAAUGUCAAUGGCUUUAGUUUUAUAAACUCAAACCAAGUGCGGUAAAAUCACUUUUAUUAAAUUCACUUGGUUUUAAUUUCACAAGAAUAUAAAAAAUCAAUCAGUAACAUAUUUUUCAGCUAUAAAAUAAAGUAUUUGUAUCUUAUACUCACAGGAUGAAUGGUUUGGCAAGCUUGAAAACAGCUUUGAGGGUGAAUUUGGCCUAUAAAUGAUGCAAAAGUUCAAUCCUUCAAAGAACCUGCAGAAAAAAAAACAAUGAAUGAGAAAUUACAGUUUAAUUUAUAUCAUUUAUUCACUAAAAUCUGUCAGAUACAACCAUAUUCUGUACUCUAUCAGCAAAAUAAUUGUAAUACAUCCACUGAUGUGCAACGUUAUCAGCAUCAUAAGAUGCUUUUUACCAGUACCAGUAUAAUUCACCAAAUUUAUCAUCUGACUUCUGACUUUGUUGAUUAAUGGUUGCUAUUGAAGUAGGUAUAUGUUUCCAACAGUACAAACUUCUCUUACCUAUUCUUUAAUAGUUUGUAGAAUUUUUUUACCAAUUGAAUCAAACAAAGGUUUGCACCAUCAUCCUCUCCAUGGAUAACAACUGUGAAUUUGUCAGUGACAAGAGUUUUCUUGAUGUACUCUUCUACAUUUCUGAAUUCAGAGAUCAAACAAAGAUGAUUAACCUACAUUAUACAUGUAGUUAUAAUGAAUAAAGCUUUGCACCAUCUUCCUUUACAUGAAUAACAACUGUGAAGUUGUCUGUGACAAGAUUUUUCUUGAUGUACUGAGUACAUCAGGAAAAAUCUUGUCACUGACUUCUACAUUUCUGAAUUCAGAGAUCAAACAAAGAUGAUUAACCCACAUGUAGUUAAUGAUUGGUAAUACAAGAUGUAGAAUCUUGGAUUACAGGAAACAAAAAAUUUACCUCAAUUUCAAUGCAUUUUGCACAACAAGGAAUAACUGAAUUGUAUAUAACCAUCAUGUGAGUAUCUACACUGCACUUUCGACUGGAUCCCAAAUAUCCUGAGCAGAGUGUGCAUCUAAUUACCACCUUAAAAAAAUUUUCUUUUGGAUAACAUAGUCAUUAACAUAGUUUAGUCAUUAACAUAGAAUUAAAGAAAUACUCUCACUUGGGAGCAGAGAUUGUCAGUAAGCAUCUUUGAUUUUGACCUUCGGAACAGUUUUGAUACCAAAGGUACCUUCCCAUGCAGCGUUCAAAAGGAAAACAUCAUUGCCUGAUUCAUCACAGUGAUCUGAAUAAAGAAAUAUUUAAAACUCCUUUCAGAAAAGAUUAUCAUACCACUUUUAAGACUUAUUUUCUUAAACUACAUGCACCAAACACUCAAGCCCUUGGGAUUUCAAUCACUCACCACUUUUUGUGAAGAAAGAGCUGACAUCAUAUUCAUCACAAGUAAGAUGAGAUUGCUCCAAAGCAAUGCGAUGUACUUCAACCUGUGAGUCUGCAUGGUUUGAAAAAUUUUGGUUAAAUAGUGACAUUUCCUUUUAAUUCAAUUGUAGUUAAUUAAUCAGAGGAAAUCCUUAAAUUAAUUAUACAUUAAUUAUCUCAAUUAACCCAGACAAUCACACAACUUUUCACACACCUUGCAGUUGAAAUCUCAUGCAAUACAAAAUGGUUAACAUAAAAAAAACCUUUCACCUUUAGGUAUUUUAUCUAUCAUUCAUAGGAAAAUACUCAUCAGAUACAAGAGCUUACUGUCAGUAAAACCCUGAGCAUGAUACAAUGUUAUUGCGGCCUUAAAUUUUUCACCACAAAGAUACUUACAUUACAAUUUACCUUUCUCAAUGUCCCCUGUUGUUGGCCUAACCGCUGAAGACUUUCGUGGCCAUUUGAACAAUCAGGAUUUCUAAUCAAGAAUAACAUCAUUCAAUCAUUAAUCAAUGAUCAGCCCAUGUUGAUUGAACUUAUUAACCACUGUCUUGAUUUUUAAACAGGUUAACUGUCUACAUUAUUUAUUCUAUAGUAAACAUUUUCCUUCUCAUAGGGUGACUGUUAAUGAGCCCACUGAUAAUUUAGGUUAUCCCAAGGAAAAUCAACAGCCACCAUUUGCCAAAGGACACUCUUACAUCAUCAUUUGGCAAAUGAAGGUGAAAAUAAAAUCAAUAAAAUUUAAUUAAUGAAUAUAUCAACAUUAAAUAAAUCAAAGGUUCUUUUAUACCAAAUACCAGGCUCAGGUGAUCAACAGGGGGGUCAGAGCUUUCCUGAACAGGCACUAUGAAGAGGUCAAAUGGUUAACAAUUUGAAUGUUUAUUUUUAUGUUUAGUAGAUAUGUAAACAUUCACAGAAAAUUCCUUGAUUACUCCCCAUGAUAAAACAUCAACUAUAUUUCACUCAUGGCGAGGUUUAUACUGAGUCUACAAAUGCAUAAUAAUUGCAAAUGACUCCUUCUUCAGCUUAACCCUAUUUAACAUGUUACUUCUUCCUGUAAUAUUCACACAUUAUCCAGCAAACAGGUAGUGAGAAUUCUCAAACUUAUCUGGUAGAACUUUUUACCUUGAUCUAAUCAAAUACUCAUAACUAAUUUACAAGGAAAUGUGUAGCAGCUAGUGGGGAGAAUUAACAUUCAGAUAUUUAAGUUAAAGGGUUAAAACACUGGCAAAUUUUACAAAAGUUAACUAUCCUAAGUAAUAACAGAUUGAGAGAAUGUUCCAACUGGAAUAUACAAAAGGUUAACCGCAGCCCUUGGCUGAACUACUUGCAAUAGAACAUACUCAUUUAAAACAGCAGUAAUUACCUUCUUGACUGGGGGCAUCGAUUGCUGGGGAGGCCUCAUAUUUCUGAGCUGGAAUUGGAGUUCCUCCUCCAGGCUCAAAGACUGCAGUAAGACAAAAAGUUAACUAUCCUAAGUAAGUACAGAUUGGGAUAAUAGUCCACCUGGGUUACAAAAGGCUAACGGCAGCCAUGACUGAACUUAUUGCACUAGAGCAUACUCAUGAAACAGCAGUAAUUACCUUCUUGACUGGGGGCAUGGACUGGAGUUCCUCCCUCAGGCUCACAGACUGCAGUAAGACUAACUCACUUGGUGUCACUUCAAUAUAGGAUGAUGUCAAGUUUCCACACACAUUUCAAGAUGAUGCACUACUAUUACCAAAAUCUCUCUCUGACUGUUUAGUGCUACUUGAUACCCUUACAACAACAUCCCCCAAGCUUGAUGCAGCUGCUUCUAUUAUUCUCUCAAUGUAAAGGUCAAGCUGCUGUUCCUUGAUUUUCAUUGGCUCCCUAGAACUGGGAGUAGCAUUCUGUAAGUAAUAAAUCAUUAUAAUUAUUUCUUAGCUGAAAAACUGUGAAAGAGAAAAGUAUUAAUAAACUUCCUAGUUGCUGUUAUAAUAUUAAUGACAAUGAUUAAUUAAAAAAAGGCAUUUGCAUGUUAUGAUUGAUUCUUUUGAUACAAAUUGUUCCUGAAGCACAGCAUGCACUACACUUAUUUGAAACCCCAUUUGAAGCCAGCUAGUGCAAACAUUAAAUUCUAUAUUUUAACUCAAGAACCUGGUACUUAAUAGGCUCCUAGCUUUAAGGCAGCUAAUGCGUCAAGUUUAAAAUGAAAAAAAAUAAAAUGUUUUUUACAUAUUAAAAAGGAGAAAAGUCACUUUAGAAAAGUAAAGUAGAAACUAUUACCCUGGUCUUGAUUCCUUUAGAGGUUCAAGUAGUUCAUGUAUGAUAUACACACUAAAUCUUAAUUCUUUAGAGUUCUGUCACAAUAUACAGACUGGUAAACCAAAAGCUGGUAAAUCCUUGUAGGUUUAUGCAUAGUGGACUCAAAGAGAUUUGAUAAACAGGGUUUGAAAAUAAGGAGAACCUUGUGCACUUUAGACAAAGUUAGUUUCCAAUUGGGAAAUGUUGAAAAUAAGCUAAAACGUGCGCCAUUGCAAUGUGUAAAAUAAUCCAACUGCGCUCUUUCUUGAAAAGGUAGAUUAUCGCAUUUCUACGAUAAAGAGACCCUCACCACAUAAAUUGAGUGUCCAGCAAUGCGACAAAGAAACGGCCGCCAUACUAAAGUGAACGUUUGAAGAAAAUGAACGAGCAGCUGAAGAUUUCUUUCCUCUCUAUCGAUCACUUAGAGUUCUCCUUCACGUUUUUGGACAGAGAUACUCUGUCCAAUACUCUCUAAUACUCUCCUUUCAUAACGUCUGCCAGACGAUCGAUUGGGAUUCGUUAGAAUAGUUCGCCAUGUUUUAGCCUUAAAUUUACUCCCUGCCCCUCCCCUGUAAAGACAGUGUUUUGACUCGUAACCAGGAUCCACGCUGUGCCCUGACACUUUUCUUGAGAAGAUUCCUUUUAAGCCAAGGGUGGCGAUCAUCCCCAAAAAUUGAAAAAGUUAUUUCAAACAAAAAGAAUAACGAAUGAGAUUAGCAAUUCAGUAUAAACGGAACCUCGCUAGUAAAUAAGUCUCCAGCCUGUAAGCGCGCGCAAAAAUACCGCACUAUUGCACGAAUAGGAAAAAGCCUUCUUGUUUAGAUAUUCCAUCUUGCAAUGUUUUCCAUAGUGCUAUGUUGUCUUGAAAAUAUUUCGUUUUGUGCCUAUCCCUUGUCCGCACACCUACCUAGUAUCCUUUCCACCUGCUACAGUCUGAGAUUCUUGAUAACUUUGCUCCUGAAUGAAGCGCGCAAAAUUUUAUUCUCAUUUCACGCGUGAAAAGAUCCACUUGCCGCAACAAAAUCUUUCCGAAUUCUCAUUGUUCUUCAUUCUGCGCAUCUUGAUUUGGCAGACUUUUUAUGUUUAUUAGUUAGCGGUAGCUGUCAAUAAUUAAGAAUAGGAUUUCCUUGCGCUUGCUUUGGUACCCGCCCUUUGGAGUUUUUUUUUUGUUCCCAGCUCCGUUUUUUUUUUUUUCCAUGCUCCGCGUUCAUUUCAAACGUGUUACUUUUCACUUGAGUUUUGGGGAUAUGAGUCCAAUCGAAAAACAGUAGUGAAAACACUUGCGUGAUGCAUAGAAUUUGUUCAAGGAGAAGCUAAGUGAUCGCAAAAGUAACAUUACAAACACCGCGCAAAAUGUUGAUUUUAUCUAUUAUAUAUUAUUAUAUAUUAUUUCCGCUUUAAUAUUACUUUUAACUAACCCUUUCCCAUUAUUCAGUUAUUUAUUUUUGGCGUCAAAUUUCCUUGCGUUUACAUCUGGUCCUUCAUUCCCUACGCUUAGUCUCUUGGCUUCCUCUUCCAACACAUAUGAAUUCUCCUUUUUCUUCUAAUAUAAAGACAACUCAACUUUAUGUAUGCAGGAGCCCAAAGGCCUGGCACACGACAAAUUCCGAAUAUGCCCGACGAAAUAUAGCUAGGAUCUUAUUUUAACCUCCCUAAGUACAAAAAAAUUAACAACGAAUAGUACUCACGUUUACAGGAUUCAUCUCUUUGAUUGCUUCCAUCACUUUCUUUAAUUUUCCUCCGAAUGACUUAUGAAGCGCCUAACUCCAACCAACGGAAAGUUAUAAUGACGGGUUGUAAUUUUCGCGCGUCGUGAUGACGAAACAGACGAGAUAAUAAACCAAUCAACAGAUUAGCAAGUAUACGUAACUUUUACCUCGUUUUCAGGCGCCUUUGCUCUGGUUCAGGAAAGGGCGGGAAACUGCCCGAGUGCGCAAACUGCUGGGGAGAAGGUUAUUGACAGAUUUUAAUAAAUGUUCGCCCAUUGACUACCUCAAAGCGAUUGCAAAAGCAACAGACAAGUCCAAGAAACGAGACUGAGAAAGAUCGGGAGCUUAUCAGGAAAAACAAAGGGGUGCGUCGUUCCGCAGGUAAACCAGUGCAGGGCUGUCGGUUUCUUUGACACCACCACGAUGCGCUGACCACUGACCGCGAGAAUUUAACACAGACUUCUCGCAAAUAAAGGGUUCUGGAUAGAAGAAUGAGAAAGAUCGGGAGCUUUCCAGGAAAUAAUGAAAAGAGCACGUCCUCCCGCAAGAAAACCAAGUCUGCAAGCAAGCUGUUUUGUCGUUGAUGCUUAGUUUGCUUGCGAACAUAUGAAAAUGAGAGAAACAUAUGAGUGCUAAGUUCUGCUUCGUACGUAGCAUGAAACCACUUGGCUAUAAAUUAACAAACAUUCCUCGCCAAAAGUAAGCUUCGCUCAUCGACCUGUAAAUGAUACAAAAGAGAUGAUAUUAAACCUUUGACCACAAGCAGUGACCAUUAAGUAAUUUUUGGCCACAAGUUCAUUACACAGUUUGUCGGACAGGCAAUGAAAAGACAAAAAGUGACUAAACUGGAUUGAAGCUUUUAUAUCACAACACUGAUUGUCGAUAUCAAAAAACAUGGAAAUAUAUAUAGAGCACCAGAUCCAUUUCCAGAUGCAAAGGGGUGAGUACGUAGCUUCAAAAAACUGGAAUGGUUUCUAAAAAGUAUUUCACUUUGAAUAUCAUGGUUCAUUUUACCUAAUCCGUAAAACAUUCAACGAGGUGGCUCUUCUUGUCCACUGACACAAAUUGUCAAUAAACAAUGCAGGUAAACGUAGAGUUUAAAUAUCUCAAUUGGCCGGAGGCAAACCAAUCGGCUAUAGACAAAGUGCAGCCAAGGAGUUGAGCUCGAGCAAUCGAGAACAAAUCCAAUAAAUUGCAGAGCAAAGGACUCUAACCUGGAACCUAGCCCUUUAAUCACUCGGUCACACAAGAUAAACGCUGUUAUUUCUGUGAGUCGUGACGUUUGUUUUCCUAAACCAAUUCACACGCAACACACGCCCAGGCUUCAGGAGUUUUGUGUUUCAUUUCAUGUCAUUUUUCACCUCAAGCGAACACCAGAUAUUUUGUCUUGUACUGUUUUGUUUUUCUUCCCACCUACCCUCCCACCCUCGGUGAUUUUACGUGAUGUCAUAGGGUGGCAGAGAGGUUUACACAUCAUUGGCUGUUGUUUACUUUUCGUUCGUAUUCUUAGUAAACUUCUCUCUGUGCCGAAAAGCGAUUUUUGUUUUAUUUGUGUCAGGGAGCGUAGUUAGGGAUUAAGUUUCUUUUGGGAAAGGCUUUUCAACGACGAUAGGAACAUCCUUUGCAACCGCAUUACUUUGGAAGGAAAGAAAAAUCACAGGGUGCCCACUCUCGUCCUAGGAGCUACUCGUUUUCUCUCAUUUCGCACAUGAGGAAUGCUUGUGGAUUGUGUUACUAAGACUUACCUCAUAAGUUAAGCGUUUAGAGUAACAAUGAAACAUGUAAAAAUACUGAGAAAAAAUGUCAAAAUAAUAAAAGUAAUUACAUAAAGUAUAGCUAAUUAAAUCGUAUAAAAGUGAGAGAAUAAUGUUAUGUGAAGCGCUCGAGAAGUAUCUCAUGCAGUAAUAUUAAGGUAUGUGUAUACGAGGUAUAUUGAGUUUUUGGGAGAUUUCUACUCCAAGCGCAGUCUAUUAAGAAUAUUUUGGUUGCUUUUGGCCUUGCACCAGCGGCAGGCAUUAUAAUUAACAACGUAUGAAUAAAUGGGCUUAGUUUCUAAGGAAACUGUGGUGCUGCGUCGGUGAGGGGUACAACAAGAUAAUUUGGUUUUAUAAUCAAACUGCACAAGGUAGAGUUCAAAUAACGCGAAUAUAUGUAUAUACCACAUGUGUACAGUUAGUUAUUUUGUAAUGUUAAAAAACCUAUUUAACUGGUCGGCAGCACACGCUGCGCUUCUCUAUCCACUUUGCUUUUCCCGCCUUAUUAGAAAUGAGCGGAAAGACUUGACAGAAAAAAAAGCAGUUGGAUCAUAAAUAACUUAUUGGUGUGUAGCAUUGCUUAGUAUUUUCACUCCUUGUUUGUAUAUUGACGAGCCAGUGGGGCAAGGCAAAAUACGGCACAACUCGUAAAAAUACUCAGGUAUGUCACCGCCAUAUAAAAAAAUCCGAGAAAUCCUUUCAGGAAAAGAAACUGGAAACGUAUCUCCUGAACCAGCGCGGUGCCACUUACCCUCCGGGCUCUAAAGUCCUCUAAAGGAUAUGCAAUCAAAAAAUGAGAAUAAGAUAAAUAAUAGUUUAUGUUCACGUUGCUGCAAAAUUUUUGUGAAUAUAUUCCGAGACGAAUUUGUUUCUGAUAUUAGAAAGACUUACCUCUCAUGUUUUAUGUUAAGAGUGCCAAUGAGAGCAUGUAAAAGUGAAAUAAAAAUAAUGUAGACGUUCCUGCAGUUAACUGACGAGGAUUGCUAACUUUUAUUUGAUUCUGGCGUUCUGAUUCGAUAAGCUGGAAACCACUCCGCUUCGCGUCAUGGUUUCCUACGCUUAUCUUGUGUUCUCCCAACCUCCCGCGUGUUUACAUCAGGCUAUGUAAACACGGAAACCAUUUUACAUUUCUUCAUUAUUACAUGGCAAGGUAGUCUAGAGGUAAAUUCGAGAAUUUGAAGCAAAUUGCGGCUUAGCGUCGGUUUCACGGGGAAGAUUGAGUUUGUAGUAAAUUGAAAUGAAACUAUAGUAUAUGUGCUUGAAUUCUGCGUUGGAUUUGUGGCCGCCCGAUCAUUUUGAGCUUGGAUUUUCGCUUCUCGGAACGGACGUUCGGACAUGCAGUGUGUUGCUCUGGGUUUCUACGACGUAGUAAACUUAGAAAUGGAUAACUCGCUAAAACGGGUUCCUUUUUAACUUAGUAAGCGGUCAGAUAAUAAGCGAUACCCUGUGGAAGUAAGGUGAGAAAUUUUAAUUGAAAAUUUGGAUAACAUUCAUUUAUCCCCAUGAGCGGUGAUAAAUAUUGUCAGACAGACGAUUAUAAUUUCGCCACGACUCUUAUUUCGCAAGAUGAUCAUCUCACAGCAGAAGUUUGGGUCGCCUGUGGUAUGAGUUCAGAUAAAUUAAGUUUUUUUCUUUCAAUUAAGGCGAAGAAAUGCGAUAUUUUCGUCCGUUUGAAAGUUAUGCUCUCUUUCUGUUGCAAAAAUUUACCACUAGGUACACAAAGAGUUCCAUCUUAACCCACCCAUGUUACGCAUGUCCGCGUUCUUGAAAAUAAUGUCACGGAUCAAGGGGCUGUGCACAAAGAAUAACAUAAAUCAGAAAUUUUGGGCUCAUUUGAUGAGUGUAAUGGUUUGUUGCCUUCGCAAGAGCCUCGUCGAUUAAGGUUGAGAUUUAUCGGGAUAUGAAAGGUUCGCAUUUUAUUUAUUGUAUCAUUUUUAAGUUGAACGUGUUGUUACCGCUCCACUACUCAUAACGCAAACGCCAAACAACUCAUAUUUCAUCACGUACCAUGAAAACAACGUCCAAAGUUCAUUAGAACAUACCCAAUCCAAGCACUACAUGAACAUCAGGCAAUUUUUCACGUGCUUGAAUUGUAUUCCACAAAUCAAAUUCACAUCUGCGCGCGCCCCUGUAUUACUCUCUGUUUAAGACUCAUUUCCUCGGGAAAGUCCACAACGUAUUACAUCAUCAACAUCUGGUUUUUCCGAGAACGUCACGCAAUGGUAAAGACAUCAUUAUGGUCUUGAAACAAAUAGUUAGUCAUUUGCAUCCAGUCGUGGUCGAGUGAACAUCUUUUGUGGCAAGCUCGAAGCGUUGCUUCUACGUUACCGCGAGCUAAAUUUCAGAGGAAUUUAAUCAAAUACUUCUACGUCGUGAGACCACUAGGAAAAGAGUACCCUCUCGACACCGUUCGUGUUAAGUCACCUUCUGAAGAACUCAUCAAAAUAUCUUCAGUCUUGCAAAAUUUUACAAAUUUAGCAGGUUCUUUAGGACGAAUUCAGCUCUCCGUCGUUGACGAAACGUCGUUUUAAGGUAAGCUCUGAAAUAAUUAAUCAAACCAAGUGUAUUUUUGUCUCACCCACUCGCAGUGUUCCAUCAGUAACAUUGCCAGUUUGUAUUAACAAAGAAAAACUUUUUACAUUAUAAAAUAAAGACAAUCCGGUAUGAGGCGUGGGGUCUUGGUUUCAUAUAGGUCUUUCAGCAAGUGAGCCGGCAACAACGCACUAGACCAUAUGAUCGCAGACAAGAGCAAGUUAUGAAAAUGUUAUCGAUCUAAAGUGCUGUGUCCCUGCUUACUCCAUUUUUUUCAGAAGAAUAUUUAGUGAGAACCGAGAGAACUGAGUGUUACGAGACAAUCUGAAGCCUUUUCCUUUUUAUUUUGAUUAUAAACUACCGUCUACGUGUUACAUCCUGUUCGCAUUAUAGAAAUUGAAAGAAGAAGCAGUUGUCACAAACACACGUUUCGAGGGGAAGAUGUAAAACGCUCCUUGCUUAUUAAAUGAUGCAAAACUUGGCAGAUAUUUCAGUCAGAGAAAAAUUUCAGGCGACAAAUCAAAAUACGAAUUCUUUAACACACAUUUGACUUCUUUUGAAAAAAUGUUAAUUGGUUUAAUGAAGAACACAGCGUAACUGAAUAUUUAUCAGCAUACCUGUAGAAAAUAAAAAUAAGCUGAAAUCCAGCAAAAUAUCGAACAUGGAUACAUUAAUGUUUUGUUCAAUUAUGUUAUUGCUAUGCGUUAUAAUACAAGUCUUAAAAUAAAAUAAAUCAAUUUCAUCCGGAAUACAUCGAUGUUGUGCAGCAUACAUCGCUUUCCUGACUCAUUUAUGCGUGACCUUAUAUAACUAAAAGAUGUUCAAUACAUGCAGAGUGACUAUGCAAUUUCGGUACCUGACACAAUUACUACUCUGACACAUAACCAAGAAUUGUCACUGCAAGAAGCUAGAGAUGCAACCUUCCAAACUGGUGAUCAUGAUGGAAUCAUGAUGGAAUCAUAGCCUACCAAGUGGUAUUGCAGAUUGCUUCUUUUUAGUUAAACUGCUGUUCAUGAUUUACUGUAGUAACUUCAUGUACUUGUAAUGAACUCUUAACACAGUUAGUAUAAAUUGGUUACUGUUAUACAUGUCAGUAUGCCAAGAAUAAAAUUACUAUUGACAAUGUAAAGGGGAAACAGUAACAAUAAUCAGUUAUAAUCUCAAAUCUAACAGCCUAACUAAUACAAAGGGCUGUAAAACUUCGAAUAGCUGGGAAAAAAAUACAUGAUGUUAUAGUGGCAUAAUGUACUACAUGCUUCAUAGUAUUAACACUUUAAACCUGAGAUCUAGCCUUGAUUUGCAAUCACUCAAAACAAUAGCAAACGAGGUAAAGCUGUGGCUACAUUGCAUGCACAAUGGCUAUUGCAGAGAAGUUUAUACCCUUGUAAUUGAGCUCUUGUAAGCUCUUUCUGUUAGUGUCGAGUUUAUCAUGCUGUUAACGAAACAAUUAAUAUGCUGAGUAACUUGAAACUGAAACUUUGAACGUGGAACAUUUCGUGAGUAACCUGAACGGAUUUGAAAAUUUUAUUGUUUUAUAUGAAGGGUCCACUGGCAUAUUUUCCUUGGCCACUGCUUAGGAAAUUAGCAGAGAUUUUGUAUUAAUUUGAGCAGUUUUGAUUUAUAGAUUUCAUUAAGCAUAGUAAUUUUUUAUUUGACUGUUAAAUAUUUUAAAUCAGCGCUCGAUUAAACGCAAUUUUUAAUUAAAAGACGGCGAUUUUUUGAAGGUUUGAAUAAAGACUUAAAAAAAAAGUUCAACUUCUUGAAAACAAAGCGAAUAGUCUCAAAGGUAAUCUAUUGUUUAUGCUAUUGUUUUAUUCUAACAAAGGACUGUAUGCAUAAUGAAGUAUGGGGCUGUGCGGAAACUUUGCCCAGAGAUCACCUCAACUUCAUUUGGGAAGGCUUCUAUUCUAGAGUCAAAGUGACAAGAGUUCUUUCGUUUUCUCGUAAACGGCGACUAAAAAAUUCAGCCGAGUCGUAGGACGCAGUGUUCCUUUGCCCUUCUGCACUUUCAAGUAGCCUGCCCAAAGACGUAAAAAAUCCUUCGAUGUUGGGCAGCCAAAUCCGUGCACCUUCCAUAGUGCUUCUCAAACUUCACUGAUCAUCUGCCCCUAUUUCCGCCAUUUUGAAAGUGUUAGUUUCCGGGGCUUCUUGUUUAAUCUGACUUCCGGUCAUUUCUAUUUCCGCUUCCUCAUCUUUUAGUUUUAUGGAACAUCUCUUAGCUAUAUAAGGUCACGCGCGAAUGAGUCAGGAAAGUGAUGUAUGUUGCACAACAUCGAUGUAUGACAUCCAAAAUCGAUACAUUCCGGAUGGAAUUGAUUUACUUUAUUUUAAGACUUGUAUUAUAACGCAUAACAAUAACGUAAUUGAACAAAAGAACCCCAUAUCGCACAUAUUUUGGAAUAAAUGAUCGUCUUCUUUGCUCUUUUUUUUGUCUUACAUAAAUUGACGAGUGAACCACAUGCUCCUCGUUCUUGUUCACCAUAACUCGAGUGGGAAAUUUUACGAAAAUUUGAAUCGAGAUUCCCUAAUUGCAUUUGUUUGUUCCACAUAAACUCAUGAGUGCACCACGUGCUACCCGUUCGUGUUUUUCCUUGAAGGCAUUUUGGGUGGCGAACAUUUAUCUAUUAGUUUAGUUUGGAAUGACGGAAGGAAAUAGUCCAAUAUGAAAGAAAGAAAACAUUAGAAUUGAUCCGAGUCAUUUCGUUAGUGCCAUACCUCCUGACUGUGGUGUACUCAAAGUUCUACGGAGCAUGCCCGAAGGUGUGGUGCAGGUUUGUGGUUUUCGCCUUGUUGUGACACAUCUCUGGUGAAAAUCUUUGAAGGAUCUUUAACGAUCCUACAAGAUCUUUAUGAGAACCUUUAAAGAUCUUCAAAAUUCUUGUUAAUAUCUUCAAGGGUCUUUCAUUUUCUUGCCAGAAUCUUCAAAGUUCUUGUCAAAAUCUUCAAGGAUCUUUUAUUUUCUUGCCAAGAUCUUUAAGGAUCUUUCAUUUUCCUGUCAAGACCUUCGAAGAUCUUGUCCAGAUAUCUAAAGAUCUUGACAAGAACUUUAAAGAUCCUUAAAUAUCUUUAAAAAUUUUUUGAGGAUCUUCCAAAUUCUUGUUAAGAUCUUUGAAGAUCUCUCAUUUUCUUGCCAAGAUCUCCAAGGAUCUUUUACUUUCCUGCCAAGAUCCUGAACGAUCUUGGCAGGAAAAUUUUGAAGAUCCGUAAAAAUGAAAGAUCCUUGAAGAUUUUGAACAUUUAUUUUUUAUCCCACACAUUUCUUUAUAACUGUUUCUUGGCCAAGGCUUGGAGAGGUCGAGUAUGAUCGAUAUCUCGGAUUUCUGGUAAUGGAAAACUACCUUGUUGUCUUAAAUAGAGUGAAUUAAUACUUAGAAACGAAAUUACCAUCAGAAAAGCAAGAAGAAGGAGGCAGUAGGGGAGGGGGUGUGCAGAUUUUUGGGAUAUGUAUAUUUCUUUUUCUUUUGCUUCCCUGACCUAGUCUACUGAUUACAAAUUUUAUUUCGCCAAUUAAAUUCCAUUUUGCCAAAUAAGACUUCGCUCCAUCACGUGUCAUUUACUUGUAAACAACCUGCAUUUAAUCACGUAUUCUUACCUCAAUAUCCAACCCCACUGGAAAAAAUUCCCACUAAAUGCUACUGAUAGUGAACUGUUAACGCAAUUCAUCCGCGUUCUGACUUUUUCUACGAAUAAACUCGGCUUUUAACUACCUUGAACUUAAUCCAAUCGCGUGUUUAUUCCAUGUAAACAACCUGCAUUUUAUCAGGUAUUUCACACACAGUGGGCAAAGUCUUGAUAGGCAGCAACCAAUCAAGGAGCCCUCUCUCAAAUAUUAUCCUUUUCUCUUGUGAAAUGUAUCUUCAUUUGGUCGAGAUUGUAGUAUAUCUUUGGUUAGAGUCUACUGGAGAUACAACAGAGUUUCAGUUUGCUUUUUGUAGUAAAAUUACAUAGAAUUAUAUUUUUCAGGCAUCUAACUGUAGACGAAUAAUUUUGAUUUUCUCUCUGUUAGAGAAACAAGUGCUGCGAAGGAGAAAACAGUAAGCGUGGCACCAAUCCAUUUUAUUUUUGCUUAGAAGUAUUUAGACAAUAGAGAAAAUAGACCACAAGAUACCUGUGUGAGUUCAGCUAAAUUACCUUUUUUCUCUCUCUCUCUAAAGGUGAAGUAAUGCAAUAUUUUCGAUCUUUUAUAAAGUUAUGCUCUUUUUCUGUUACAAAAAUGAAAACAUUAUGUACACAAAGUGUCCCAUCUCAUCCCACCCGGUCAAAAAAAAUAACUCUUGCAUGCUACGCAUGCCUAUGUUUUUACUUGGAAGUCAGAAAAUUCACAAUACACUAGAUUAGUGUGAGUGACAUUGGUGCAUGACCAUUACCUUGCUUUCUUGAGCUGUACUGGGAAAUAUUGGCACUGUGACAUUUCUAUACUGCCGUAACCAUGGGCCAAUAUUCCCUAGUAAAGACUCGAGCUCGAAUGGUCUAUAAGAAGUUAGUACUGGCUUUGGAAAAAAUGAUCUACACUGUACUUGCAUCUCAGGCUAUUUUGAAUUCCAGAACAAUUGAUUUCCUUGUUCCUCUACAUUUCUUGAAUAUUUUUGUACGUGAAGACAGCCAGCAAGGAUUUUAUGAUAUUUGAAAAAACAACCAGUCUAGAUUAUCAGGAUAAUUAAAGUUAGCAUCAAAGACAAAUCAAUUCUGUGCACAAAACAAUGUAAACAUGAAAUAAUUGCACAAACAAUUAGUUUAACAUACAUAUACUGGUAAACCACAAACAUCAGCACCUGUACCAAAUUGAAAUCCAUAUCAACAUACAUCAGCAAGCAUUGGUGAAAAUAUUUCAUUGUUUUUCCUGUCAUAAGUGUCCAGUUGAGCUAACUGCCAGCUGCACAAAUAUGGAUGUCGGUUCAACUGGAGGAAAUUGCAUAAAAAAACUUACAUAUUUUGUAAGUUUUGACCAGUAAUCCCUAUUUAAAAAUCAGAUAAGAGAAUUUUACUUUGGUUUUGUAAAAGUUGUUUCUUAUGAGAAAGGAUUCAGCAUAAACUCUCUCCUCUUGUGGAGACAUGGUGGCCUUAUGAUUAGUGAGGUGGAGUCAGGGUCAAGAGAUCUGCGUUUGUAACCUGGCCAAGUCAUGUGUUUUGUUUUUGUGCAAAAUAAUUUACUCUCACAGUACCCCUCUCCACCCAGGAGUAUAAAUGGGUACCAGAAAUUAGUCAGGGGAACCUGAUGAAAUGGCAGGAGGGAAGAAGGAGGGGGGGGGGGGUAACCAUGGGGUGUACCGGCAUCAUGUCCAGGGAGGAGUAGUAAUACCUAGUCACUUCAUGUGAGGAAUCCAGGAUUAUAAGCUCAGGGCCUGGAUGGGCCACUCUUAAAUACAGACUUUACUUAACUAUCCACAGCCUCUGGUUUAAAUAACUUCAAUUGCUGCUGUUACAAAUUAUAUGAACUUGCAACAUAAAAAUGAUGAUUUUUGCCCAAUUUAUCUCAGUCAAUUAGGAUUGUCUUUUGUAAAUCUUGAAAUUUUCAAAAAUCCAGGCAGAGGCGGAGUUUCAAAAAAAUUUUCAAAAAUCCAGACAAAGGCGGAGUUUUCUAUACUAAUGUCUGAGCACUUUGUAGGCUUCCUGCCAUAUGGCGGGACGCGUAAUUAAGCACACAGUGGAAGGGCUCUUCCGUAAUAGCUACAAGACGCUACAAUUUCAAGUGUGCUGCACGUAUCAGCACCCCCCGGGGAACCCCUUUAUAUAAGAGUGCGAGGAUGCGCGCCGGGAAUUUCGAAAACGACCCCUAUAAAAUUAUAAAAGGUACCUGAGUCUUAUCCGUGUGGGAGUGGCAACAACUGAUAUCUACCUCUUUAAAGUACCAAUUUAAACACAAAAAAUUGAAAAAUCCCCAAAAUAAAAACGUCUUUAUCGAUGUGCUCUAGAGGCUCAAAUCAGAUCAUUAAAAUCGUCCUGGUGCUUAUCAAAUGCUUAUUUCAAGUAUUUUAUUGAGCGAAAAACACCCUAAAAGGUACCAGCUAGGUCUCUGGCAGUCCACUAAAGUUUGAGACACCGUAAAAGGUACCAGAUCACUGAUUUUGACCCCUGAAAGGUACGACAAGUAUCCUCACCCAUUUCCGAUUGCCUCCUCCCUCACCUCCCCCACCAACCCUGUCAGCACCUAAAAACAAAAGAUGUGAUUUGCCAACCACGAGCUGUCAGUCUCACCUCGUAAAAUUCACGUAAACUGGUUAUUUACUUAUAAAAACUUUAGGCACUUAUCUGUCAGAUUUUUAUGUGGACAAAAUCUGUCCUGCUUCGAGGCAGGACGGCUGUACUUUUUUUUGUUUUGUUGGUCUUGACAUAAUUUGGUAGGGAUUAAAAUAACUGUACGUCUGCAUUUGUUAAACAGACUAUUCAAGUGCAUCCAGAACUCGAUGUGUGCACUUCUAGUGCAUUAAGUAUUCUUUUGAAACAUAGCCAAAGAUCUUGCGAUGUCUACUGUUCAAGCCUUUUUCUCUUUUCAAAGAGGCAUCAGAAUUAUUUUCAUGUCAAAUAUGCAGUAAAUUGCUUGCGUGUCAUCCUUUGUUUUCAAGGUGUCCGAUCAGGUAUGACUGAGAAUGGCACCUCGCUUUGAUACGAAUCCUUUUGUUGUUGCUUCUAACUUCCUGAAAUUAUCACUUGAAAUUUGCUCGGUAAUGUAAAAAAAAAACGACAACAACGCGAGUAAUACAUAUAUAUCCAAAUUCUUUCAUCACAUGAAAAGUUAUGAGUGUCGUACCGCGUUUACUUUACACAGGUACAAAAGGUUGUCCAGAAUAAGUGUUUCGUUCUGGAAUGAAAACCUCAAUAAACUCUUUCAGAAAUGACUCGUUUCGAAUAAUUUUACUCUGGUAUCAUGUGGCAAUCGAGAUAAAUUCAUUCUUGAACAAAACUCCUUCCGAUAUCAUGUAAAAGGCCCCUAAGAGUUUUUAUUCCCAGAGCAUCAUGCUUUGCUUUCCUGCCAGAACACUAUAAAUUUCAAUAGCGUUGAAGCAACAACCCGCUUUGAACUGCUACGCUGCCACUAAAACAACAACAAUUAGUGACCACAAAAGUAACAUAUUGUAAUAUUGUCAAUUCAACAUAAACAAAAAUCUUUAUACAGGGUAAAUAUGCAUUUGCGUUGGUAUCAAUUAUUGCGUGACUAGCUUCUGAUAUAACUGGGAUAGGGGAAAACACAACGUAAAACCUGGGCUCCCGGCAAGAAGUGGUAAGAGUGUUAUGUUAGAUUUUUUUACAAAUUGUAGUGAUUUAUGCCUCGAUAUGCCAAUAAAAGGUGGCGACAAGUAGGCACACCAUGUAUAUUUCAAAGUCGCUAGCAAGUAAAUUUUGCCGAACUUUGAGUUCGUCUCAGAUAGAACAACACAAUAACACAAGAAAAUUUUUACAGUAACCUUAUAACCAUCCUUUUGUCUUAUAAAAGCUAGAAGUUCAGUAGAUUCUGUCUUAUUGGUCAUUGUUAAAACUGUCUUUGUUUUGAUGCUACUUUUCGACAUAGAAAAAAUAUGUCGGACAAAAAUAUUCACCAAAACAUAAAUGUUGUUUUACCAGCCUCAAUAAUGUCAGGGGAUUAAGUUUAGAUGAUAAAACAAAGGAUUGUGCCAACAGAAAUGCCGGAGGUCAAGUAAAUUCGUUACAUGAGGUCACACAACUCGGGUAAUAUUCAGAGUGAAAAUUUGCAUAUUUGAGCGGUCGAACGAAAAAAAUCAUUUCUCAAAAACUAAAAUGUAUUUUCAAAAAAAAAAUACACCACAAUUAUUAGAACAUAUUGGGAUACAAAAUAUGAAAGUAGGAGAGAAAACGAAUUUGGGCGACUUGCCGCUGUUUGUCUGAUGCAUGUUGACAUUAGCUCUUAACUGGCUUCUGGUUUUGUGUCUAUGUAUCCCUCCCAUUCUCAGGAGGCAAAAAAUAUUUAUUUUGCAACUGGGUAAUAUGUUGAACUGAUGUUUACAACCAUUUUUAAUCACCUUUUUUUCAGGCCAGGCUGACUUAAAAGAACAACUUUUUAAGAAGCAUCAGUCUUCUUACAGUUGCUAUGGCUACAGGAAGAAGUUCAAUUAAAGUUCCAUGUGAAAAUGAAGACUUACCUGACAAAGAAAAUGCACCAGAUUUUGAUGAGGACACUUUACGAGGUGAGCUAGGUUCAACUUCGGCUUCAGUUAUUGUUAGAACAAUUUCUAUUCGAUCAGUUUCAAGAAUGCAAGAAUAUGUGGAAAAGGAUAUAUACAGUGUAUGACCACUUUAAAGGAUACUUGACCAGUCAUGACUCUCUUCUAUGAUUACAAUAUGCUGUUCAUUGAGAAGAUCUAUGACACAGAAACUUUUGCUAUUUUCUUUACUAACAGUUCAAAACACUAACACAAAGUUAUAAUAAGUUAAGACUUUAUUUGAUCAUCAUGUAACAUCCAUCGUAAGUUUGCAUCAUAGGUACCAUCAUCAUCAUCAACUAGUUGAAAGUCAAAUUGCUAAUUAUUUCGCCUUUUACAUAAAAUUGUGUGGGGCAUUUGAAAAUUUUAUUAAUUUUGCCCAGGGAAUAGGAAUUUUAGGAAACCUAUCUCCAAAAAUUUAAAUGCCCAGGGGUUUGCCUCAAGUUGAGUGAUGCUUAAUUCUCAUCAUUAUUCUUACCCAUGUUGUCACCUACAUCAUUGGCAUCAUCAUAACUAUUGAAAAUCUGCAGAUUUUAAAUCUCCAGAUCUUGGCAGCUCUGAUUAUACACGAAUAAUUAUUAACUACGACCACAGACUUUGACACAAAUUAUUUUAUUUUUUCUUUUAUUUUUUUCUGAAUUAUUUUAUUUUUUCUUUGCAGCCACAGCUGAUGUUUAUAGGAAUGAGGGUAAUGAGGCCUUCAAGAAAGGAGAUUUCAUCAAUGCUAUUCAUUUUUACACCAAAGGAAUUAAAAUGAACUGCAAUGACAAAGAACUGAAGGCCAAACUGUACAACAACAGGGCAAUUGCACAUUUUAAACUUGGUAAGAUGAUGAGAGCUUUAAUAUGCAUUUUUUUUUCUAUUUUGAAGCUAUUGAGUUGUCAGUAGUAGUUUUCUGAAAAAGGUGAUGAUUUUGAAUGCAUGUCCGGAAAAAUUUACAUCUUAUCUUGGCCUCUCAAAUAUACAAAGAAGUAACCUCUUACCCCAGAUAUCAAUGAGCAUCACAAGUUUUUCCCAAAAUUAUAGUAAUGGUAGUUGGUUUGCAACAUGUAUGGCUAAUCAGAGAUAUUUAUUUCAAUAAUAGGAAAUCACCAGGAUUCACUAAGGGAUGCAGAAGCAGCCAUUGAGUUAAAUCCAACUUUCCUUAAAGCAAUUGUGAGAGGUUAGAUAUGUUAGCUGUACUAUAAUAAUGAUAAUAAAAAAAGAACUCAACACUCUAAGGUUAAAUGAGGUUAAAUGGAGUUCAAUCUUGUCUCAAUUGACUUUAAUUAAGAGGUUGAGACCACCCUGAUGUACAUUUGAAUCCAGUUCUUGACUGCUACGCCAAUACUUUCCAUUAAUCAUGAUGAGAAUAUUAUUUUGAACGGGCUGAAGAACUCAAUGCGGAAUGUAAAGCAAAAUUUCAGCAUGAAUAUUUUAGUUCCUUAAGUUCAAUGAGUCACAGGUGUCAGAUAUGUUAAGAGCGUGUCCACAAGAGCACCGGGCAGUCGUGCUACAUGCCAUCUCACCGAUUUCAAUGAAACUUUGCCAGUUUAAAGGGUCUACCCAAAACUCAAAAAGACAAACUGGUUUCUGUUUUGGUUUUUUUUCCGGGGGGAGAUAGACCACCCCCCCGGUUUUUCUAGGUUUUCACCAAGGAAAUCGCUUCAAAUAGGUAAAAUGUAUAAAGCGCUCACUGUGAUGGUAUUUAACUGAUUACUUUGAGGAUUUGCACACAUAUUUUUACAUCCUUAGUUAAUGUCUGCUGCGAGUAUCCGUCAGUUUGAUUGACGGCUUGUCAAUCAACAGAGGCAAAUAUACGACUGUGUUUUUAGACUUUUCGAUUCAUCCAAAUAUUUGACAACUUUGAGGUCAAAUAUCUCCCGUUGCCAGAAAGCUACAACACUAAUCUUAAUUACCCUUUAUAACCCAUCAUUUCAUCUCUGAAAAUCAUCAAAAAAAUCUUUGGGCACUACCGUAUUUUUGUCUUGGAUACCUUUUAAAAUCUGCGACUGUGACAAGUUUCUCUCAACUACACCUGUCACGCACUUCUUGCUCUAGGCGGUCACGACAAAAUAAACCCAAAUUUUUUAGCUCUUUAUACAAGAUGAUUGAUCAAGAAAGGUGAAAAAUGUGAAAAACUUUCGAGAAAAACUUUCGAGAUACAUGUAGACAGACGGAAAAUCAAUGGGAAAAUUUUGUACGGCACAAAACAUUCAUUAGUCUAUAAUUUGAUUGUUUAUCAUCAUCAUUGCUCAUUUUAGGAGAUUUUAAAGUCACAUGCUGCGUGUUGGCUGAUAUUACUACAUGUUCUAGUGUGCUACAACUUCGGCUUUCACCGACGAGAAAUUCUGCGCUCUCGCUUGAGAGCAAAUAUAAUUUUUCUAUCGGACUAAAAACUGUGCUUCUAUCCCGAAAAUAAAAUUAAAAUAGUGUUGUCGUUGUCACUUACCGCCAUCGAACAUUUACAUGCAGAACUCCGCUAAGCUAACAUGUGUUGUGUGACCCGAAGACUCUUAGUAGGAAUUAUUCAAGCUGUCUGCUAGAUAACAAUUUCAGAAUAAUCUGCAGAUCUCUAUGAUUAUUUACCUGCUUCGAUCGUAAAAUAUCUGCAUAUUUUUUUCAAGCAUUCUAUUACUACCUAUAAAUCUACAUCUCUCUAGAUCGAGUGUUGCCGGCGUUUAAUUGAGUGACUUUUUUAAAUGAAAUUUUUAAAUAAGAAUGAGCCAGCAGUAAUUUGACGAGUAGCCUUCCUGCAAAUUUCCCUUGAUGAAAUCCCAAGACAUAGUCAGUUGUUUUCGUUAGAAAAGACAAUAAAUAUGAAAGAAAAGUGAGAUGCAAAUGUCCUUUUUUUUUUUUUAGCUUAAUAGCAGCUGUACCCUCUCCUGCAGUCUUCGUCUAAAUUUUGCAAGGUCCCUCCUUAUCUUCUGCCUUGUUCGGUCACUUUCGAAUUCUGUAACUAGAUCAUUGGCAUCGGCCUCUCCGUCCUCAUUCAUAUUUACAGAGGGGGACCUCAUCAAUAAGUCAAUUUUUGUUACGGCAGAUAACCGGCUAAAGUAUCGAGCGAUUUGCUGCUGUAUCAACCGGUCAGUCUUAGUCAACAUUUCUGGCUGGUGUCGUCUCUUAAACUCGAUAUUUGGGAAGUCACAUUAGAGGCGGUUGCCUUACUAGUUUCCUCCCUUGUCCAGCACACGUCUAGGAGAUAAUUCUCUGCUUUCUGAGAAAAGGUGGCUGUUUUUUGUGUUUUCCAAAGAGCCCAUCCAAAGUCCAAUUGGCUAGUUAGGGAUUGUUCGUCAGAAUUUUACCUGAGGUCCGACCUUGAACGUAGCCAUCCCCUAUAGAAUGGCAAGCCGGUCUUAGUCCAUUUCCUGGUGACUAUCCUAGGCGGAAUUUUUUUGUCGGCCUCACUGUGUUUGUCUUUGUCAGGGUGCAUUUGGAUGACAGCCGGUGACUGAAACGACUUGAUACAUCCUUCUUUUAGCAAGAAUAUCUCGCUUUCUUGUUCCGUCUAUGACGGAUUGGGUAUAGUUCUCGCGAUGACCCGCGUUCAGAAAUCUGUGCACGUUGCUGAUAACCACCCGCUUCUACGAUUAAUUUGCUGAAGGUUUCUAAUGUGACGAGCCUAGUGAGACCCUGAGGUGCUUCAAACUGUGCCAGUUGGUCUGCGCCAUAAACUUGUCGCAGUUCUUAAGUCAGUGGGAGGAUCGCCCACCUCUAUCUAUGUGAGCUCCUCUACAGUACCUGCUUAUCCCUAGCAAUCAUAUGAUAUAAAGUUCAUCUCAGUCACAAAUCACCAGUUAGGAAAACUGAUGUUCAGAUAAGCGCUCUUCUUGCCCUUCUUCCUUAUUCAUUACCGACUCUAAGAUAGCAGCUACAGUACGCGUUCUAUUUAGGUUUACAGUCACCUUGCCGCCACCAGGAAGACUCGCCACCAGCUUUGAUUUCUUCUGCCAUCUGCAGAUUCAUCUCUCUCUCACUUUAUGUCUCUGAUUUUUAUGAGGAGGAUACUGGCAUUUACGAACCCGAAGGUCUAAAUCUCACACCAAGUUGUGCACGAUAUUUGAGGUACAUCGUGAAAUCGCGGCCUUCGUAAUCUCCAAAUAAGCCAAUACGCGCUAGAAUAAGCUCCAUCUCGGACGAAACGCAUGUUUGGGAUACAUCGACGUCUCUCAAAUGUUUUUUUUAAGCUGUAUACCCACGAAUUUAGAGGUGUGAGCUGUAUCCGUCCCUGGCCAGCGCGAGAAAAAUAACAUUUGGUUCUACAGUUAGUUGCAAAUGAACAAGACAACUGCACCAUCUUGACUUUAUCAAUUCGAGUGUUAAAUUGAAGUAAGGGCUUUUUAGACACUCGAUUCCUUAUAUGACAUCACUAUGAAGACGUAAUACAACUGAUACACCUACACUACAUAGCAUUAACAAUGUCUGUUGCGCUGUUACGAGAAGGAGGAAAAUAUUACCGGAAGUGUAAACUCUUUUUAAAAAGAGUUUCAGAGACGUUUCAGAGAUGUCUAUCUUUGAUCGGCUGUCACAAAAAAAUGACCCCCACUUAAAUUUACUAGGAAAAAUGAACUUACCAACUCUUCAUAAAUUGGCUAAUGAAUAAAGAGUUUUGAAAUACCGUUCGGGAUUUGCCUUUUUUUUAUGCGUGCAAAUCAAGGGUAGACAAAGUUUUUAAAACAUUUGACUAGAAUUACAUGGAGUUGACCUCGAUAGUUUUCGUCAGCCAGAGUCAAGACGCGCCAAGCUAAGCGACAUCGCCCUCUAGUAAAAUAAUUUUCCAAAGAACAAACGUGGCGAGCGUGAGGAAACGCACAUUUUUCUCAUCAUUGUGAUCAAAGCCCAAUAAUGUACCUAAAUUGGUACUUACGGUAUCAAACCAUUGAUUAUGACAGGUUGAGCUUAGUUUUUCUGUCGAGGUCGACGUGACUUCGCAUUAAAAGCAUUUUUGACGGAACAAACUAGUGAGCAUCAGUGCACGAACUAAGAAAGUAAAAACUUGUAUUUAUCUCCCACGCGUUUCGUCUGACAAUAGUAGACUUCAUUAAGGAUUUUUUCAAGUAGGCUAAAUAAGCUUGUUCAUAUACAAAUAGUAAAUAAGUUGUCUCUUUGCUAUUGAAGCCAGUGGAUAGAAUUCGCCAGGUGCGCCUACGGUGUUAUACAUGAGUGACAUUUUCCGGACGUUACAUGUACGAGUACGUGAUCCGUUUGAGGGUCACAGAUUUAGUGUAAAUAUUUCACUCCUCCACAUCACCCAAUGUCUCUAGUUUACAGAGGUCUUAGAACGUUUCAUUGUAUGGAGUUGCCUUCUGCGGAUAGAAGGCUACAAGCGAAUUUCUCAGGCGUAAUUGCCUUUGAUUUCUCAAUUGAUGUUGUCGCAAACACAGUUUUUGGGAGUCACGAGACAAAAACUUAUCAGGACCUAGUUUCAUUUGCUAAUGGAAAUAAAUAGCAAAUAAAAACACAUUUUCUUGUGAAAUAAAGUCACAAAUGACGGGGGUUCUCCGAAACAAAUAGUGAUAGAAAAGGAUUUCAGUUCUGGUCGAUAUUGACUUUUCAUGGCCUACUUCCAAAUCUGAGGGAACGCGCUGAGGGAAUAAAAAAACAUAAAUGUGUGAUAAUGCAAGCAAGAGAAUGAAAAUCCAAAUGAAGAAAAAGGAGAAAACAUAGGAAGCCGUGUUGCAGCGUGCAGAUAUCUUUUGAGCCAGACCUACACACCUAAGCCCGACACCACCCAGAGAAACUCGAAAGAGUCCUGUAUAUGAACUAGCUCGCACGUGCACGCAGGAAAGGCCAUGACAAUCAGCGAAAAUAAUAGCAAAUGCAAAUGAUAUUUGAAGUCAAAAAUCAGGAAAAUAAGAUAACAGAAGGAUUAAGAACUUUCUCGAAGUGUCUUCUUGAAAAAAAAAGAUGAACAAUUUUUACUUCUCAUGAAAAGUCACGCAGUAACCCUACAAAUACUAUUUCUUUAAGUUGAAUUUCUUGAUGGUGGAAAGUGGAAAAAACAUUUUCCAGUCUUAUUUUCUGGAAACAUGGCGCAGUUAAUAAAUUUAUGGAGUUAUUGAUAUUUCCUAUCAAAUAAGGGGGGCAGAGUUUCCUGUCAUGCGCGGUAUGGAAAAGCCGAAGUUGUUACACUCGGGAACUUGUACGUCAACAAGCAGGCGACAUGUGACUUUAAAAUCUCCUCUCCUGUUACAGUUUCCUUAUUGUAAACUGUGUGAUGAUAAUAAUAGACGAUCAAAGUAUAGGCUAAUGAAUGUUUUGUUCUGUACAAGAGCCCUAUGUCCUGAUUUUAGCAAAUCUUCAAAGUAAUAAACGACUGAAGAAAGAAACGCUACGAUUUUCCCAUUGAUUUUUCGUCUACAUGCAUCUCUCUAAACGUGAAAUUUUCCAUUCCUACAAAAAAUCCCGAAAGUUUUCCACUUUUUUACCUUUCUUGAUCAAUCAUCUUGUAUAAAGAGCUAAAAAAUGUAGGUUUAUUUUGUCAAGUGACCGCCUAGAGCAAGAAUUGCGUGACAGGUGUAGUUGAGAGAAACUUGUCACAAUCGCAGAUUUUAAAAGACAUCCAAGACAAUACGGUAAUGCCCAAAGAUUUUUUUGAUGAUUUUCGGAGAUGAAAUGAUGGGUUAUAAAGUGCAAUUAAGAUUAGUCUUGUAGCUUUCUGGCAACGGGAGAUAUUUGACCUCAAAGUUGUCAAAUAUUUGGAUGAAUCGAAAAGUCUGAAAACACAGUCGUAUAUUUGCCUCUGUUGAUUGACAAGCCGUAGAUCAAACUGACUGAUACUCGCGGCGCCUAUUAACUGAGGAUGUAAAAAUAUGUGUGCAAACCCUCAGAGUAAUCAGUUAAAUACCAUCGCAGUGAGAGCUUCAUACAUUUUACCUAUUUCAAGCGAUUUCCUUGGUGAAAACCAAGAAAAACCGGGGGGGGGGGUGGUCUAUCUCCCUCCGGAAAAACUUACACAGAAACCAGUCUGUUUUUUCUAGUUUUGGGGUAGACCCUUUAAACUGGCAAAGUUUCACUGAAAUCAGUGGGAUGGCACGUAGCACGACUGCUGGUGUUCUCGUGGACACGCUCUUAAGUCACUAUCUGGCUGUUUUAAAAAGAAGCAUCAGGACUUAACUAACUCUUAGUGUUUUUGUUGGAGUUGUUGAUCCCAAUUUAAGUGUUCUUGGAAGUGUUAGUUGUCUGUAAAGCUAAAUAAAUCUAACUGAAACCUAAUAGGGCCUGAAGAAUUUAGAUAUAUGAAAAUUCACAUAUUUGCACUGCGGUGGAGAGAUGAAAUUAGAAGAUCCUCGCAGCUAAGAACACUACUGAAACUAGUAGUUGUAAAUAGGACCUGAAAAAUUCAGGCCCGCACGGGAUUUGAACCCAUGACCUCUGCGAUACCGGUGCAGCGCUCUACCAAUUGAGCUAACAAGCCAACUUGGAGCUGGUCAAUGAAUUGGGUACAAAUAAACAUCCAAGUGAAUGAAGAAUUUAGAUAUAUGAAAAUUCACAUAAUAGGGCCUGUUUAUUCUUUUCCGUUUAGUUUUUUUGUUUUGUUUUGUCUUUUUUUUUCUUCUGGUCUGUAAUGAUUUCAAUGGUUUCAGGUUCUUUUCUCAGAAUUGAGCUACAGUAAUAGUAUGCUUCUUUGUGUUGUUGCCUACAGGAGCCACUGCUUGUGUGGAAUUGAAGAGAUUUGAAGAAGCAAUCACUUGGUGUGAUAAGGGACUAGCUGUAUCCUUUGAAGGAAUCUUUCAUUUUUAA